UUUAAGGCGACGACGAGCAAGCUUAUCAGCUCCCCCUCCAGAGGCCUGGUGCAUCUGCUUUUGUGGCGUUGCGUCCUUUCCCUUCUUUAUAGGGGACAGCUGGCGUUUCCACAGACCCUAAACACCCUCCCCCUCCCCGCAUAGCUGGCCCUGGCAGGGCGAUUGGUUUCCAUACCCAGUUGGACAAGGAUUGGGGUGGGUGGGGUGUGUUGAUUCCAAAUUUUGUAUCUACCAGAAUAUUCUGGGAGCAAAAUUAAUUUAUUUUUGUGUCUUUAAAAAGUCUGCCCCUGGUUGCUUUUUAAAUAACCAUUACUAGGAGGAGCUUUUGAUAACACAAAGACGACCGGUUGAGAGCUGUAUGCAACGAAAUUUCGUUUUAACGCAUGUCAAUUAGUAUGCUUUUAAAGUGACCAUGAAGUUAUUCUAAGUCACAGUUGGAAGGGAAAUUAUUCUCAGAAAUCCCCAGAUUCAGAAAGAACAAGGAAAGUGGGAAAAUCCCGAGAUUCAGAAAGUACAAGGAAAGGGGGGAGGAUUCUGUGUAGCUAGUAAUUAACAUAGUAUUUUAAUGCAAAUUUAAAAUCCCCACUCCCACCCCUUGCCUGAAGGACUUCAGGUAAAUUAGUGUAAUCAUGCAAAAAAUAUGUCUGCUGUACAUUGUAACUUUUGACAUUGUCCAUGCAAUCGUUUUAGGGUAGUUUCCCAAGGUUGUAAUAAAGCCCUUACAUCAUGUAUAGCUGCCGGGCUAGGGUGUAGCUUGGUGUCUUGUUGGGAGCGGAAAAAAGAGCCACUUGAAGCUGAAAAGUGAUCUGCUCAGUAUCAUUUGUUUUAUCCAGGAUGGCCGCUUGUGGAGGCACCACUAAAAAUAGGCUCACGGUAAAUAAGCACGUCUGGGACUUCCUGACCAAGGAAAGUCCUGCCAAACUGGUCAAGUUGAAAGAGGAGAAUAAAGUUGGUGUCUUGAUCGAUGGUGAGACAUCCGAGAUCUAUGUGCUGCAGAUUACCAUGCCUGCCCAUGGACCAAGUAAUGGCCUCUACCUGGCUCGUAAGGCUCUCAAAGCACUGCUCAAGGAAACAGAGAAGGAAUUGAAGAAGGCUCAGCGUCAGAGUGAGCUGAUGGGCUGCAUGGCCUUGAUGGAGAAGAGCCGGGAACACGGAGCUGUAGAGCUCCACCGUCGAGGAGCUGCCUUGAUAUCCCGAGGGCAGCAGACCUCUGGGCCAAGAGUAGUAGGUGGCAGUGGAGGGAUGGCCAGCUGCUCAAGGGGAGGGGAGGAGGAACAGGACAGCCAGUGCCCCAUUUGUUUGGGGGAGAUCCAGAACAUUAAGACUUUGGAGAAAUGCAAGCACUCCUUCUGUGAGGACUGCAUCACCCGGGCCUUGCAGGUCAAGAAAGCCUGCCCAAUGUGUGGGCGUUUCUACGGGCAGCUGGUAGGGAACCAGCCGGAGAAUGGACGCAUGCUAGUCUCCAAGGAUUCAAGUCUUCUGCUUCCUGGUUACGAGAAAUAUGGCACCAUCAUAAUCCAGUAUGUCUUUCCACCUGGCAUACAAGGAGUGGAACAUCCCAAUCCUGGCGUCCGCUACCCAGGCACUACCCGUGUGGCUUACUUACCUGACUGCCCUGAAGGCAACAAGGUUCUGGCGCUCUUCCGCAAGGCCUUUGAUCAACGGCUCACCUUCACUAUUGGGACCUCCAUGACCACAGGGCGAGCCAACGUCAUCACCUGGAACGACAUCCAUCACAAAACCAACUGCACUGGGGGACCCCAGCUGUUUGGGUACCCAGAUCCUACAUAUCUUGCUCGGGUGCAAGAGGAACUACGAGCCAAGGGUAUCACCAAUGACUGAUCUCUAUUGCCACGUGCCCAGGAAUGGCUUCUUGUUACUGCCGAACUCCGCUCUUGCGGAGGGAGCUCCGUCAUUCGUCGGAGCCAACUAUCUCUAUCACAUGAUCUUAAUCCACAGAACAAAGCUUGAGCUUUGGGGCUGAAAUUGACAUUUUAUAUGUAAUUGAUUGUUUGAGGAACUGGAGAACAAAGACAUGAGGCAUGAGAGUGAGUGAUGCAAAAGAAAGACGAUGGAAUUUAGGACUCAUUCAAAAUAGUUGUAUCAAGAGGGCCGUCAUGCUGAAUGAUUUGCUUUUGGGGGGAAAAAAAGAGAAAAACAAACAAAAAUGGCCUGUCCCUGCAUUGAGUAGCAAACAUAUCAUAGGUACCUCUACUGAGCCUCUCUUUUCAAUGUGCUAGUUUACUUCAUGCAGAGGUUUGUUUUUUUUCUUUUUUUACUGAAUGAUAAAUAUAUAUAUAUGCACCACCAAGAUUUAAAAUCUGAAGCUGCAAACUCCAGAAUUCACCACCUCAAUACUUUGGCUCUUGAGGAUAAAAUAGAUAUGAUCAAGUGGUAAGUCCAAGAGUGAUUUCAUAUUUUUUUCCCCUUCUUUUUUUUUUUUUUUAAAAAUGAGACAGGAGUUUCAUAUCGAUUGGAGAAGCCAAACCUUCCUUUUUCUCCAGUUUGCUUCCCCACAUUCUCUUUUUUUCAGAGUUUUCUCUCAAUCAAAGUUAUUUCUGUUGGAGUUAAGACAUGGAUUGUGAGAGCAUUUGGAAAUCCUCACUUCCAGUUCUUUGGUAUUAAAAUAUAGCUAUCUCUC